GCCCGCGGCCCAACUCAGUUGCGUUAAUUAGUCGCUCAAUAAGCUUCAAACCAUACCAAACAAUAAUAAUGCGCAACUCAGAGAGUCCUUUGCUGCUUCAGCUUCUGCUGCUUUUGCUGGCACUCGAGAGCACCUGGUCAGCGACCAUAUUGCAUCACGAUGUCGCCGGAGCAAGCGCCAUCUCGCAUCAGAGCUUUAUCCGUUUGUCAUCGCCGCCAGCUGCUGCAGUAAUCCAUCAGUUGCCUGCAACUUUAGCGACGCCCACAGUGCGUAUAAUUAAUGUGGCCAGGCAAACAAAGACCGAACCGCAGCUGCAGCUGCAGCUUAGUCCACAGUCUGAAGAGAACACUCCACUCCACACGCCGGCACAUCUCACCUAUGCGGCACAUCCGGUGGUGCAUCAGAUGCUGCCUCGGAUUAAGCCGGUGCGCAGUAUAAGCUACGCCUCGCUGUUGCCGGGUCCGAGACAAGGACGCGGCACACACACUUUCGCACAAUCAGUUUAAGUUUAAGUUCGUUAUAUGUACACAGGAAAAAACGUGAUAACAUAAAAUAUAAAACCUUGAAUCAUGAUUAUUUGAUGGCAAAAUAUAAUCAAGCA